AUGAGUCACAGAAAUUUGAAUGGUUCCAUAGCCAACAAUGGGGUGCGCAACUUGUCAUGCAAUCCAGAACUGUCAGUAAAAGAAACACAGUUGCUGGUCGUUAAGCAGUCCUCGUUUAUUUUAAUGAAGCUCCCCGCUAAGAAAGGUGCUGGACCAGAUGUUAAAAAAACAAUUGCUCUUCCAGCUGUACCUCAGGCACCAGACACAACAACAGCUGCUGUUCCAACUCCACCUUUGACACCAGACACAACAGCAGCUACUGUUCCAACUCUACCACCGACACCAGACACAACAGCAGCUACUGUUCCAACUUUACCACCGACACCAAACACCACAUCUACUGUUCCAGAUGAACAUUUGAACAUUGUUAAACGUGAUCUUGGAGAAGGAAUUUCAACAUCAAAAUCAGAUGCGAAUAAAAAAGGGGGACCUAAAGAUCCUGUAGUAAUUGUUUCCGGCACCGCAAUUAAAUGGCUGGUCAAACUAGUUACACCGUGUAAAACGAAUACAGUUCAGAAGCCUUAAAUAACACACAAGGAUAUGUCCAUGAGCUAUGGGGCAAAAACCUCAUGUUCUUAAACUGUUUGGCUUUCUCAACUCAAAUUUCAUUUGCAAUUUCUUCUCUGCUAAUGCAUAAAAAUAACAUUAUAAUUAAGUUAUAUAAUAUAUAGUUAUACUACAUCAUGGGUGCUCAACCUGUGGCCCUCCAGCUGUUGCGAAACUACAAUUCCCAUCAUGCCUCUGCCUUUGGGAGU